AAAUAGAGGAGGGGAGAGCGAGAGAGGAGGGGAAUGAGGCAGCUGGUGGACAGGAGGAAAACAUUAGCCCUGGUUCCUUCACGUAGUUCGGAUACUUUUCGUUUUCACUGCCAAAGGCGCAAAAACCCACAGCUCAGACUGCACCACCGCCGAGCCAGGACGCACGAUCGGCAUGAUGGGCAGAUAGCAGCAGCAGCAGCAGGAGUUCGAGGAAAAGGAAGAUGUCGUUCUUCGGCCUGGACUGUCUCAGGAAGAAAGAGAGAGAGUUGGAGAGGAAGCUCAGAGCAAAUGACCGCGAGUACAACCUCUCCUUCAAAUAUGCAACAAACGCCAUCAAGACCUCCAAGUACAACCUCUUCACUUUCCUACCUCUCAACCUGUUUGAGCAGUUCCAGCGGAUUGCUAACGCCUACUUCCUGUUCCUGCUGGUGCUCCAGGUGAUCCCUCAGAUUUCCUCUCUGUCCUGGUUCACCACAGUCGUUCCUCUGAUCCUCGUGCUGACGGUCACCGCUGCCAAGGAUGCGACUGACGAUAUUAAUCGCCACAGGAGCGACAAUCGAGUCAACAACCGAAAGGUUCAAGUCCUUAUUGAUAGAAAGCUGCGGAGUGAGAAAUGGAUGAAUGUCCAGGUAGGAGACAUCAUCAAGCUGGAGAACAAUCAGUUUGUCACAGCAGACCUCAUGUUGCUCUCCAGCAGUGAGCCACUCAACCUGGUGUACAUUGAGACAGCAGAACUCGAUGGAGAGACGAACCUGAAGGUGAGGCAGGCGCUCCCAGUCACAGGAGACCUCGGGGAUGAUAUUGAAAAACUGGCAGACUUUAAUGGCGAGGUCCGCUGUGAACCCCCCAACAACCGCCUCGACCGCUUCAAGGGCGUGCUGACCUUCGCCGGUCAGAAAUAUUCACUGGACAACGAGAAAAUCCUGCUGCGGGGCUGCACCCUGAGGAACACCGAGUGGUGCUUCGGACUGGUGCUGUUUGGAGGUCCAGAAACAAAGCUGAUGCAAAACUGUGGGAAGAGCACGUUCAAGAGGACCAGCAUAGACCGUUUAAUGAACAUCUUGGUCAUCUUUAUCUUUGGGUUCCUGGCCUUCAUGUGCUCUGUCCUGGCAAUAGGAAAUUACAUGUGGGAAAAAAACGAGGGCUCCCAGUUUACGGUCUUCCUGCCGAGGCUGCAGGACAAUCCCGCUUUCUCUUCCUUUCUCACAUUCUGGUCCUACGUUAUCAUCCUCAACACAGUGGUGCCCAUCUCGCUCUAUGUGAGCGUGGAGAUCAUUCGUCUGGGGAACAGCUUCUACAUCGACUGGGACAGGAAAAUGUACUUCGCUCGCAGCGACACCCCCGCUGAAGCUCGCACCACCACCCUGAAUGAGGAGCUCGGCCAAAUCAAAUAUGUGUUCAGUGACAAAACAGGAACUCUCACCCAGAAUAUCAUGAUCUUCAAUAAGUGCACUAUCAACGGCAAAUGCUACGGAGAUGUGUAUGACUACACCGGCCAAAGACUGGAGAUUAAUGAGCGCACAGACACAGUGGACUUCUCCUUCAACCCGCUCGCUGACACUCGCUUCGUCUUCCACGACCACGCCCUGGUGGAGGCGGUGAAGCUGGAGAACCCAGAGGUCCACACCUUCUUCAGACUGCUGGCCCUCUGCCACACCGUCAUGGCCGAGGAGAAGAAAGAGGGAGAGCUUUUCUACCAGGCCCAGUCUCCAGAUGAGGGCGCACUGGUGACAGCAGCCAGAAACUUUGGAUUUGUCUUCCGCUCACGAACGCCUGACAGCAUUUCCAUCGUGGAAAUGGGAAAGCAGCACAGCUACGAGCUCCUGGCCAUCCUGGAUUUCAACAAUGUCCGCAAGAGGAUGUCAGUCAUUGUGAGGAGUCCAGAGGGGAAACUGUCUCUCUACUGCAAAGGUGCCGACACGAUCAUCUACGAAAGGCUGCACCAGUCCUGCAGCAAGCUGAUGGAUGUCACCACGGAGCACCUCAAUGAAUUUGCAGGGGAUGGGCUGCGAACUCUGGCUCUCGCCUAUAAGGAUCUGGAUGAAGAGUACUUUAACCAGUGGAUACAGCGCCACCAUGAGGCCAACACUGCACUGGAGGAUAGAGAGGGCAAACUGGACGAGCUGUAUGAGGAGAUAGAGAAAGAUCUGCUGCUUCUCGGAGCAACAGCCAUAGAGGACAAGUUACAAGAUGGAGUUCCUCAGACUAUUGAGCAGCUGUCUAAAGCUGAUAUCAAGAUCUGGGUUUUGACCGGUGACAAGCAAGAAACAGCAGAAAACAUCGGUUACUCGUGCAACCUGCUGCGGGAAGAGAUGAAUGAUGUCUUCAUCAUCUCGGGAAACUCACUUGAGGAUGUUCGACAGGAACUGAGAAAUGCCCGGACCUCCAUGAAACCCGACGCAGCUGAGAAUUCAGUGUUUUUGCCUGAAAUGGAUAAAGUGGUCACGGACGAGGUGGUGAGCGGGGAAUACGGCCUCGUCAUCAAUGGACACAGUUUGGCGUACGCCUUAGAGCACAGCCUGGAGCUGGAGUUCCUGAGGACGGCGUGCAUGUGUAAAGCAGUGAUCUGCUGCAGGGUAACUCCUCUGCAGAAGGCUCAGGUGGUCGAGCUGGUCAAGAAGUACAAGAAGGCGGUCACACUGGCGAUUGGUGAUGGAGCCAAUGAUGUGAGCAUGAUCAAAGCGGCUCAUAUAGGCGUGGGCAUCUCAGGGCAGGAGGGCAUGCAGGCUGUGCUGUCCAGCGAUUACUCGUUUGCCCAGUUCCGCUUUCUGCAGCGCCUCCUGCUGGUGCACGGCCGCUGGUCCUACCUGCGCAUGUGCAAGUUCCUGCGCUACUUCUUCUACAAAAACUUCACCUUCACCUUUGUCCACUUCUGGUUCGCCUUCUUCUGCGGCUUCUCUGCACAGACGGUGUAUGAUGAGUGGUUUAUAACGCUCUACAACCUGAUGUACACAGCACUGCCUGUGCUGGGCAUGAGUCUGUUUGAUCAGGACGUGAAUGAUGUUUGGAGUUUCCAGCAUCCUCAGCUUUAUGUCCCAGGUCAACUCAACCUGUACUUCAGCAAGAAGUCCUUCUUCAAGUGUGCACUCCACAGCUGCUACAGCUCCUUGGUGCUCUUCUUUAUCCCCUACGCCGCCAUGUAUGACACAGUGAGGGAUGAUGGGAAGGACAUCGCAGACUACCAGUCCUUCGCCCUCCUCACUCAGACAUGUCUGCUGUUUGCCGUCAGCAUCCAGCUGGGAUUUGAGAUGUCCUACUGGACGGCAGUGACCAUAUUCUUUGUGUUGGGCAGCCUGGCCAUGUACUUCGCUGUCACGUUCACCAUGUACAGUAACGGCAUGUUCACCAUAUUACCAUCAGCCUUCCCUUUCAUAGGAACAGCCAGAAACACUCUGAGCCAGCCCAACGUUUGGCUGACGAUCUUCCUCACCUCCAUCCUGUGUGUCCUUCCUGUGGUCACCUGUCGCUUCCUGAUGAUGCAGCUCUGCCCCACCAUCAAUGACAAGGUCAUGUUCAGAGUGAGGCAGGCUAAAGCAACACCUGCUCCACCAACUCGCCGCAUCCGCAUGCGCCGCACCAGCUCCCGCCGUUCAGGCUACGCCUUCUCACACGCGCAGGGCUACGGCGACCUGGUGACGUCGGGUCGGUUCCUGCGACGUCCUGCUGUGACACGAUCUUCCGGUUUCACCCACAUCGGCCGCACCACCACAGGCUUCAGUCCGAUGGGACGAUCGGCUGGUUACAGCCCAACAGGACGCCCUCAGAAUACCAAGGCCCCGGACAUUGAGGGGACUUCACUGCAGAUGUACAGGACAAUCGUAGAUCCUGCUCCCUGACAGACUGUUUGGAGUAAAGUGGGAGCAAAUACUGAACUGCUGAUUGGAGACCUGCAGGAUGUUUGCAGCCAGAAGUCUUCAGAGUUCAUUUGUACAUUUGUUACGAUGAAGAGCUUGCUUGGGCUUUCCAGAGAACUUCAUCUCAAAGAUUUUUCAGACCUGAAGAUGAGGUUUGAUGUGUACAUGACUUAAGCUCCUCACAGCUCUCUCUGAAAUGCUUUCAUCAAAGGGAACUACAGUAACAUAUGUAGCCACUUCUGAUGAUGGGUAUAUGAUGCCAGCAGAUAAGAGGCGGACUGAUGAAACCUUUCUGUCAGUAUCAGUAACAACAGGGUGCUUUUCUCCAAAGGACAGGAACCACAACGUGUUUACAGACGACCUGGUCUAUCUGGGAGUCCCAGCAGCAUCAGCAGAGGGAAUAACAGCAAAGCCGAAAUAUUUAUUUCAUCUUUUUAAAGCAUUUUAUUUUCCUAACAGCUGUACAAGGAGUCAGCACAGUGUCAGUGUGGAACAAGCUUAAACUGCUUCUAUUAAUAUAACAAAAUAUUAAGAGCCAGGGUGGGGUGGGGGGUACUGAGAGCAAAUAACCUCAUUAAUUUAGGAAAAACCUCAGAAAACAUCGCUUAGCUUCAAGGUUUGGUGAAAACCAACAGGCAGAAAAACUACACUACAAGAAGUUAUUGAACACGUUUCCAUCCAUCCAUCCAUCCAUCCAUCCAUCCAUCCAUCCAUCCAUCCAUCCAUCCAGCGUAUCCGGGGGAACACUGAGGCGUUCCCGGGUUGAAAGGUGUAAUCUUUCUUUAGAUGUUUCCCAAAAUUUAAAAAGAAAAAGAGUCAAAAUUUAUUCUGAAAACUAAAUUUUGAUGCAUGAGAGUGAAGUUAAAGUUCAGUUCAGUCCCAGUGAGCCCCGUGAUCCCAGGGGCUGUGCUCUCUGGGGGCUUAUCCCCCUGGUAGGUUCUCCCAUGGGUGUGGGGCCAGACAAGGAGCAAUUCCAACAACCCCUCUGGAAGAGCCACCAAGGGAACAGCUUACCUUGCUGGGGGUUGGGUUACUGGGGCUCCACCCUGGAGCCAGUCCUCAGGAGGGAGCGUAGCCCAAAGAGGAGACGUGGCUCCCCUUCCUGUAGGUCCACCACCCACAGGAGACAUCAUCGGGGUCAGGUGCAAUGUGUAUCAGGCGGCUGGCCAAGGACAGAGGUCCUGGUUAAUGAGACAUGGAACGUUGCCUCUGUGGUGAGGAAGGAGCCUGAGCUACUGCAUGAAGGUGAGAGAUACCGGCUAGAUAUAGUCUCCUGGGGAGGGGCUGGGCUCCUCUGCUUAGGCUGCUGCCCCUGGAACCCGGCCCCCUGAUAAUCGGAAGAAGAUGGAUGGAUGGAAUGAUGGAUGUUAUUAAUCCAAAUCCUAGGAGGACUUGGUUUGAUGAAAGAGGUGUUGUUGUGACUUUAUGACUUACUGAUGUUGGUAGUUUAGAAAUGGGAGAUUUUUGCUUUACAUUUGUGAGGUUCCUGACACCUUCAGUGGCUUCAAUACCCCAUUGUACCAAAACAAAUAAUAAUAAUGAUGAUAAUAAUGUUUUAGCCAUAAAAUUCAACAGUCUUCCUGUUUAGCUUUUCAGCAAAGUUUUGACUAUUAUUUAAUUUCUUCUUGUGUCCUGAAACUAUUUCAGAAAACUUUGGAAAACACAUAUUUUUGAUUGACAUUCAAAGCAAAGAAUGCAGCUGCUAAUGAGACAAACUCUUUGUUUCAAGAAAGAAUUUCUGUUUCACAGAAAACGAGUCAUUUUAAUUUUUGCCACUCUCAUCAAUAUUAAUUACACCUGUUCAAAGCUUGUUGAUCCCAGUCUGCUGCUUUUAAAGAGAAAUUGCAACAUAAAUUUGAGGAAUUCUCAAGAUGAUUAAUAAGAAAAGAAAAACAGGUGUUUGUGUAUCAGCCUCUAAAAGCAGAUGCAGCGUGUGGGAAGACUCGUCAAGGCUUUAUUAAUGGCUAAAAUUAAUGGACAGCUUGUUCAUUCAUCCUUUUUACAAAGUGGCCUUUGAUUCUCUGCAGUUUAUUUCCCUUCAGCUGGUUUAUGUUUUUGUUUGUAGCAGCUGAUGCAUCCUGAUCCUGUCCAGCUGGUUUGUAAAGACUGUUGUUGAGUACAGUGUGUCUGAAAUGCACCCUCAGUGGCAGAUUUUGCAUCCUCGCUAAGAUCAAGUGGACUGAUGGCUGUGAAUGACCUGCUCUAAGUAAGACUUGCUGUAGAAACGUAACCACAUCGAGCUGUGUGUGGGAGGUUUGUCACAGUGUGCACACACUACAAGUUCACUAAAUGUUCCUUUAACCCAUUCAGGGACGCAUUUGUCUGCACGAUCAUCUGUUUUUGUUUGUUUUUGGUGCAUUAACUCCUGCAGUGCUCAGAUCAUUCCUACGACUGUGUAAACAAUAAUAAUCAUUAAUACCUCACAUUAACAUCAGAGCUUGAGCUUGGAAAUCAUUUCAAAUCCAUGUAUUUGCUUUAAGCCUCAGUGCUUCUGUCUCAAAGAAAACACAUAUGCUGUCUUAAUACUAAAAGAAUGAUUUUAUCAGAAAUUAUUUUAUAAUGUUUGAUUAGAGAUGGAGUUUGUUUUGUUGACUAAAGGAUGUUUUAAGUUAAGAAAGGAAAGAAUUAUUUUUUUACACUUAAACGUUGUCGUUCACUGAAAAACUAAAGAACUGAUCAAAAAUAACUGGUUUCAUAUUUGUAAGUUACAAAUAUUUCAUGUGUGAUAUCUGCUGGACUUUAACCCUGAACCAAAGAUUCUUUAUGAUGCUUUGAAUAUUCAAGUUUUCUCAAAACAGAGUUUAAUGCUGGUAAAACCAGUUUAUACCACAGUUAUUAUUUACAGUGAGGCGUUCCUUAUGGAAACAUGUUGAUGUCUGUGGGACAAACAUUUAUGGAUCCUUUGGAAAACUGAUGCUGUGAUUGACCCAAGUUUGUUUUUAAAGCUCCAAAAAUCAACAAAGUGAAAAAGUUUGGAGUCAGAUGUUCCUAAUUUUACUAACUCACCUUUAUUCUGACAGCUGAUAGAUAAAUAAAAAAGCUUCUGAGUUUGUGAGUUUGUGUGGGGGGGGGGGGGGGGGUAGGAAGAGGAAAUGAUGUCAUGUUUAAAUGAACCUACAAAAUAGAUAGCAGGCAUACAUUUACAUUUCCAUAUUUAUCAGUAUGUUAUUGCUGCGUCUGAACACAGAGUGGAACAGGAGGGAUUUUUUUCAUCGUUUCUCAGACUGAUUUCUGCUCUUUCUAUCGUUUUGUAUCAUUUUGUACUUUAAAAAGUUUUUACUGCAAUAAAAAGAUUUAAAAGAUCAA